AUGAAGGGCCUGUUGCUGGCUCACCUCGAAAAUGCCAGCUCGCUGCCGCUCCACGACAUCUACCCCCAGGGCCUCCUGCCGCUGCCUGCCCUGGUCGCCGUGACAACGGUCUGCGUCCUGCUUUUCGCCGUCGGGGUGGUGGGUAACAUCAUCACUAUCCUCCUGGUGGCCGGCUACAGGGAGAUGAAGAGCACCACCAACUUGUACCUGUCCAGCAUGGCCCUGUCGGACCUCCUGAUUUUCAUGUGCAUGCCCCUCGACCUGUACAAGUCCUGGAAGCGAGGCCCCUGGCGCCUGGGCUCCCUCCUCUGCAAGCUGCCCCAGUUUGUCAGCGAGGGCUGCACGUUCGGCUCCACGCUCCACCUCACGGCCCUGAGCGUGGAGAGGUACAUUGCCGUCUGCUUCCCCCUCAAGGCCAAGGUCUUGGCCACCAGGUCAAGGGUGAAGGGCGUCAUUUUGGCCCUGUGGACAGUGGCGCUGGCCAGUGCUGGGCCAGUGGUGGCUCUGGUCGGGGUGGAGUUCGAGAACAGCACCGACCCCGCCCAGACGAGCGAGUGCAGGUGCACCAAGCAUGGCGUACGCUCGGGCCUCCUCAGCGCCAUGCUCUGGCUCUCCAGCCUCUACUUCUUUCUGCCGGCCUGUUGCCUCACGGUCCUGUACGGGCUAAUCGGACGCAAGCUGUGGAGGAGGAGGAGGACGUGCCGUGACAGGAGUAACCGGCGCACGGUCAAAAUGCUGGCUGUUAUCGUUCUAGUGUUCAUCCUCUGCUGGCUGCCCUUUCACAUCGAGCGCAAUCUCUUCCUGCUAAUGGAGGGCAAUGCGGAGAUGUACGUGGUCAGCCAGUGCCUCCAAGCCCUCACCUUCGCUCUCUUUUACCUCAGCGCUGCCAUCAACCCCCUCCUCUACAACCUCAUGUCAGCCAAGUACAGGGCCACAGCGGGGAAGCUGUUGGGGCUGAGACCAGCCAUGGGGAGCCGGAGGAGCGGGAGGGGGAGGGGGAGGGGGACGGCAUCUCUCCCAGGCCACAGCGAGAGGGAGCAAUGGUGUCGGGCCUCCGAAAGCACCGUCUGA